AUGCGCCGUCUCCUCGGCAACGACCGCGCGAAGGCGAGAACUCGGGGCGGGAGCCGCAGUGCGAUCGCGGCACUAGUGCGGUCAUGUGACCCGCCGGAGCUUGUGGUGUGUCUCCUCCGGCUCCUUAGCCAGACGCCAAUUACACAGAUGAACAGAGACUACAUAUCCCAGAAUGCCAACUCAACCCCGGAUUAUAAACGAGGGCUCGCCUGGGGUUGGGGGUAUGGGAAAACAGUGCACCACCACGGAGAAUACAGAUUAGAAACGUGGAUCCUCACAGUGGAACCACCUCAGUUCAGUAGGCAGGAUUUCACUAAAGUCAGUCAGAUUUCUUUCAGUGGGAAAAUGUUGAUAUUCAGUUUCAUCCUUGUUAUAACUGCUCUGGUAAUGAGCAGGGAGAGCUGGGCGCUCUCAGACUGUCUUCAGGAACAGGAGCGCCUCAGAGCCCAAGUGCGCAUGCUCCAGACUCGGGUCAAACAGCAACAGGUCAAGAUUGCUCAGCUUUUGCAUGAGAAUGAAGUCCAGUUCCUCGAUAAAGGAGAGGAGAAUAGCGUCAUUGACCUUGGAGGCAAGAGACAAUAUGCGGAUUGUUCAGAAAUUUUCAAUGAUGGAUAUACACACAGUGGAUUUUACAAAAUCAAGCCUCUCCAGAGCCCAGCGGAAUUUUCUGUUUUUUGUGACAUGUCUGAUGGAGGAGGAUGGACUGUAAUUCAGAGGCGAUCUGAUGGCAGUGAGAAUUUUAAUAGAGGUUGGAAUGACUAUGAAAAUGGUUUUGGAAAUUUUGUCCAACCAAAUGGUGAAUAUUGGCUGGGUAAUAAAAAUCUUCAUUUCUUGACAACACAAGGUGACUACACUUUAAAUAUUGACCUUUCAGAUUUUGAAAAAAACAGUCGUUAUGCACGAUAUAAAAACUUCAAAGUUGGAAAUGAAAAGAGUUCCUAUGAGUUGGAUAUCGGGGAAUACUCUGGAACAGCUGGCGAUGCCUUUACAGCGAAUUUUCAUCCUGAGGUGCAGUGGUGGGGAAGUCACCAGAAAAUGAAGUUCAGCACAUGGGACAGAGAUAAUGACAACUAUGAAGGGAACUGUGCAGAAGAAGAUCAGUCUGGCUGGUGGUUUAACAGGUGUCACUCUGCAAAUCUCAAUGGUUUAUACUACACAGGCGCCUACACAGCGCCAACCGACAAUGGCAUUGUCUGGCACACCUGGCUUGGAUGGUGGUAUUCUUUGAAAUCUGUGGUUAUGAAAAUUAGGCCAAAUGAUUUUAUUCCAAAUAUUGUUUAA